ACAACACUCCGUCGAAUCGCUCACCGCCUUUCAUUUCGCGAUCGCUUAGUUGAUAUUCAACUGCACAUACUCGCCAUCACCCGUUCCUUGCACCGAAGCACGACGACAAGCAUACGACCUUCGCGCCAGGCGUCCCGUCACACAUCAUGUCUUCGCGCAAGAAGGUCCUUCUGAAGGUUAUCAUCCUCGGCGAUAGCGGUGUCGGCAAGACCAGUUUGAUGAACCAAUAUGUCAACAAGAAGUUCAGUGCUAGUUACAAGGCCACCAUUGGCGCAGACUUCCUGACAAAAGAGGUUCUGGUCGACGACCGACUGGUCACCAUGCAGCUCUGGGACACCGCCGGCCAAGAGAGAUUCCAAUCGCUUGGUGUUGCCUUCUACCGUGGUGCAGACUGCUGUGUACUCGUCUACGACGUCAACAACUCCAAGAGUUUCGAUACCCUUGACAGCUGGAGAGACGAGUUCCUCAUCCAGGCCAGCCCUAUGGACCCUGAGAGCUUCCCCUUCGUCGUGCUCGGCAACAAGGUCGAUGUUGAGGAGAGCAAGCGCAUGGUCUCAUCGAAACGCGCCAUGGCUUUCUGUCAAUCCAAGGGUGGUAUCCCAUACUUCGAGACCAGUGCCAAGGAGGCCAUCAACGUUGAGCAAGCUUUCGAAGUCAUUGCCCGUAAUGCCUUGGCCCAGGAAGAGAGCGGCGACUUCAACGCAGACUACCCUGAGACAAUCCCUAUCAACCUCGACAAUGAGCGCGACGGUUGUGCCUGCUAAACACGUCCAGGAUUGUUGAUUUCUCAUUAGUUUCAUGCCAUUCGUUUUCUUUGGGAUGCAAUCGGCGUUUCUAUUUGCAUAUGGAGUCCUUUAACACUCUAUGGCCAGGCUCUGUCUUGUUUCCUUCGUACUGGCUGCUUCUAUCCGUCGGUGCAUGCGGUGUCGAUAUAGCACAGAUACCUAUAAUCACCACUAAGUUUCAUGUAUAAGCUCAUUUUCCAGAUAUGGCGCCCAAAGUAUGAGACAACUUCGACCACGCACUGGUCGCAAUCUCCCAAAUAAAGAAGUACCAGACUCUGGAACAGCCCAUGCAACGUGCAAUUCAAUUUAGCA